GGAACAUCAACCUUCUGCAUCACACUGCCUCUGUACACGAUUCGUUUGAUUAGUGCUAUUAUCACACACAGUAGCUCUCACAAGGGUUUAUUUUCAUUAUGUAUCUUACGCUACGAGAAGCAUUUGUUUGAAGCUUCUUUUUUUUUUUUGCGUGGCGCCGUGCAACGAAGCACAUCUCCCCUUCUCUACCGGCACGUGAGCCUGCGAGAGUAACAACAGUAAUCAUAAAAAGACGGCUCAGCUCUUUUGGGUGGGUGAAAUUAGUCACGGAAGCAUUAGGCCGGCACUCUAAUUAUUAAGUAAGCAGGUGCGCGGACUUACAUGAGAGAAACGGAGAUCUGCAUAGAGAGAGAACGGUGAUUUGUUUUGUAUUUUGCUUUAUUGUGUUGCCCUUUGCGACACAACGGCAGCACUCCUUGAGCUGCGAAACGCCAUUCGGCAACAGCGGGCGUGCGCCGAUCUGAUUGAAAAACCGGUGGCUUUGUUUGGGACCACCACUGCCAACUGCAAUUCCUAAGAGAAAGCUAAAAGUAACAGUAAGAAAAGAAUUUGCAGCGCGUUAUCGUCUUUUUUCCCUUGAAAAGCAUUGUUAGCAGAAGAAACUUUUUGGAGCUCGCGUACUUUUGUGUUGUGUUCUGUGAGUCUGUGCGUGCCGAACAGAAACGCUGGAGUAAACGAGUUGUUCUCCUUGUCUGCUGACCUCACCGAUCGCAGUAGAGAAAGAAGAGGAAACGGAGAAGACGUACAUAGCAAAAACGAAAGGGGUACGUACUACUACUUUCCGUGCGUCCUGUUGUCGCUUCGAGCUUGUCCUUUCUCAAGCAAUUCUUAUUUUUCUCUUUUCCUAAUUUCACGCUGGACGGUGUUUUUGCUGCGCCUCUUUCUUUUCUUUUAUGCUGGCGUAUCGCGCUGUUGUUUGGCGAUCGUGUCUGUAUUGUUGUAGGUGUCCUUUGUUUCUCCGUGACGUUCGAAUAAGAUGCUGGUAGCGCACCUCUCAUCGAACGUGCAUUCCUAGAAAUAAAAGAAAAAGACGAAAUAAAAAAGAAUACUGUCGAAGAGAAAAGCCAGGGCGUUGCAGCGCACGAAGCUCAAAAAGAUGGCGCGAAGCUCGACCACAACACUCGUCACGCGGUGCGUGGUGGCGCUGCUGCUUCUUGGCCAGCUGCCGACCCACGCUGCCUCCAACUGCAAGGACCACACCGAGGCCUACUACCUCGCCAACGGUGAAGACUACCGCGGCCACGUCAACGUCACGGAGACGGGCCUGCCGUGCCAGAAGUGGUCCGCGCAGUCGCCCAACGCGCACGAGAUUGAGCUGGACCCUGCUCGCGGAAUCGGUGACCACAACUACUGCCGCAACCCCAACGGAUUGGAGCGACCUGGCUGCUUCACCACGCAGCCCGGUGGGGCCUACCAGCUGUGCAACGUCGGCGACGUCUGCACCGACUACCCGGUGGCGAAGGCGACGGUGCUCUUCUCCCCUCCCAGCGGCACUACGUUGGUGAAAGAUGGGAGCCAGAAUUACGUGAGCGUCUCCUGCUACCCACGUCCGUGCAGCGUGCACUACGCGCUCGGGGCGGAGAGUCUGGCGUCAACGUCGUCGCCGCUGCUCGCCACGCCGCUGCUGCUGCCGUCCAGCACCACAGUGAAGGUCUACGCGGUAUUUCAAAAUGCGGAGGCGAUGCGGGUGCAGGCCUCCUACACCGUAACGCCCACCACCACACCAGCCCCGCCGGCUCCUCUGCAGUUUGUUCCGACCGAUGCUGCUCUGUACGAACAGCCGAUUCUCGUGGAGCUGCAGGGCGCGACGGCCUACGAUCACGUCUUGAUGUACUGGAACGACGACUUCAUGAACCCCACCCUGUACAACGGCUCCUUCUGGCUGAAGUCCUCGACGUUGAUUCAGGCCGUGGUGAACGGCACCUACUUCGUGUCCGCCAGCUACCGGCUGAACGUCACGGCCCCGCCGUUGUACGUCUACCCCAGGUCCGGCCGCUACGUCGGUGGGGUGUCGGUUCUCGUGCGCGACCCGCAGCCCCCGUCGAACUACUACAUCUACGUCAACGACACCACAGCGUGGGAGGCGUUAACGGACCUGCUCUUUACGUGGACGGCACCUGGGACCAGCUCGCUGGACAUCCGCGCCUUGCACGUACACGGGCUGGAGUCGCGUGCGCGUGUCGUGUAUGAGGUGGUCGAAGCCCGUCCUCCGACCAUCUCCCCCGACCCCUCUGUCGCCUACAGCCGCCCCGUGAACGUCACAUGUGCGUCUCCCGUCAGCGCACCGGUGCUGCUGUACGUCUACCGCGAUGCUACCAUGACGCAGACCGUGGCAGAAGGUGUGUACUCCGUCGUGCUGCGGACUCCCGGCACUUUCACGGUGACGUGCGGCUACGUUGACGACCUAGGCGCGACCCACACGGCGACCGCGGCGCUGGAGAUGGUCGCCGCGCCGAUGCAGUCGCCCUCCUUCCGUCCAGAGUGUGGCGCGAAGUUCCCCGCUGUUCCCUUGUCGCUGCAGACGCAGUUGGACCUGUCGCUGCUGCUGCCUGGCGCGCAGGCGAGCGCGUGGUCGGUGUACGGCUCCGCCACACACGGGUCGCGCAUUCCGAUGAUCACCCGCUCCAGCGAGAGCGAAGGCCUUUUCACCUAUGAUCUCUUCCCGGGCUCCCUUCCGGCCAAGCAGCCGACCGUGGUGACGGUGUCCAUGACGGCCCACUCGCAGGACCCGCUGGAGUCGAACAGCCCCGUCGCCACCUGCGCUUACACCCUCUACCCGCUCGGCAGUGCUGCAACCCCGUACUUCUCCGCACGUCCGGCCUGCGCGACGACGACGGCGCCCGUCAGCGCUGCAUGCAUCACCGCCCUGCAGGUGCAGCUCGCCGGUUGCCUCCACUUCUACUCGGCGGAGUUGCUCUCCGUGACUCCGGUUGGCCCUUUUGUGGCGAUGCGCAUGACGGGCUUAGCGGAUGCGGUACGGCCGGACAUGUACUUUCGCAUGGGCUGGUGUCUCGCGGCGAUGCAGGAGCAGCAGGUCCUCUUCGAGCUGCACAACGAGACGAGCAACGACCUCGUCCUGGCGGCCUCGUGGCACGUGGCAACGCCGGUCCGCAAGGCCACACACGUCUUCACCGGUUUGCCGGUCACCGCCCACAUCGAGGGCUUCCACGCGCGGGCCGGGUCCUAUCACAUGGUCCGUAGCACGUACAACUGCGAGGACAUCGGCGUUGUCCCGGAGGCGUUCUUGCCCGGAUCACCGUACGCUGCCGCCGCGGCAGCUCCCGUCGACGACGGCUCGGCGUGGAUCAUCUUCCGCUUCCCCGUCGCCGGCGCCUACAAGCUGUGCGCGUACGUCGGGGAUGCCCUCUACACCGUCCCCUUCAGCGCCUCUCCGUCUGGCGUCCUCUCCGAAGCGUGGGCGCCGUCGGACACGGCAUACCUGGACGUGCUGGUGCAGCCCUUCCCCGAUGUGGCGGCCCUGCCCGCCGCGGACUGUGGGGGACUCAUCCCACCCCCGAUGGAGCACACCCCACUCGCCGUCUCCUUCGCCGCCUUCCCCUCCGGUGCCUUCAGUGCGCUGUCGUACUCGCACGACAACGGCGGGUGGGCGACGGCGACGCUGCCGGUCGAUGCCGCGACAAAGGCGACGGGCGCGGUGGCCGUCGCGGUGGGUCCACUGAGCGCUCCUGCGCGCCCCGUGCAGGUGCUCGAUACCACUCUGGGGCCCACAACAGGCGCGUCGCACACGUGCGUGUUUUUUGUAUCGGCUGCCAGUCCGGUGACACGCGCCACGGCGGUGACCUACGUCUUUUACACGGUGAACACCACCGCCGUGCCGGCCGGAUCGACGGGGGUGAUGCUGCUGCUGCAGGGCGUCUUCCAGCCCAGCGAGCUCAUCGUUAUCGAUGUGUACGACGUGCGGACACCACGGUCAGCGUCAUCACGUGCCGUCACGCCGCCGUCUUCCUUGCUAGAGCGCAUUCGUCGAGUGACGGCUCGUGCGUCGGCGGCCACGGCAUACACCUUCGCCCUGCCCGACGCCGUCCUCGGCCUCCCCGCUGGUGCCCGCGCGAUCCCGUUUGUGAUUCACGCGACGCUGGACGGCGUGCAGGUGACCGCCGUCCCCUCCACCGUGGCCCUCUCGCCACUGUCGCUGGCCAUGACGAGCUGCACCACCUGCGCCUCGGGGCUGUGCUACAACGGUGCCUGUGUGUGCAAAAACAGGAAGACGAAGGUGGUGCACCUGUGCGGCGACGGCGAGGGCAGCGGGGACUCGGACAGCAGCAGCAGCGUCCCCUCGGUGGAAACCACUACGACCACCACGACGUCCGCUCCGGACGACGACUUGCAGCCCGCCAGCGUGGGGGAGCGUCUUGGAUUCUUACUCAUCUACUUGGGUCUACUCGGUGCAGUCGCGGGGUAUAUCUUGAUCUCGAUCCGGCGCAGCAGCGCUCGUCGAGUGAACGCAGUGCAGGCGGAAAUGAUCACCGUGGAGCCCGCGUAG